CAUGCGCAGUCCGCGGUCUGUCCGCCAUUGAGACACACGAUCUCAGAUAGAAACGGGUCAGAGGCAGUGACACAGACGACACUCACGUUUCUCCAUUCCUCGUGCUCUGAAGUUUGACGGUUGCCGUUUUUUAAGUAGAACGUCUUUUUACAAUCCGUUUACACUGGUGUAUUCCUGUCCCGAGAGACGUUAAUGGACCCGCACAGGAUAUUUUAGUUGCUGUCCAGGGCGAGUGUGUGUUCCCGUUAGUGGGUUAAGCGAACCGAGCCUGGCUCUGCUCUGGGGGCAAGUGUGCCUGCAGCAGCUCAGCGUUUGAUGGAUCCUAGAAUCGCCUGGUUUCAGCCAGAACAGCGCGGACCCGCCAACAACCUGUGGAUGCACAUCUGGGAAACGACACAGACACUGGGAAACCUCUACUUUAACAACAACUGCAACACAUCCAGCGCCAAACUGACGAGCGGCGGCAGCAGCAGCGGCGGGGACGGUGCGUCGAGCAACGCGGCCGACAGCAGCGGAAAGACCAAGGAUCAUCAGGGGAUGUCUGGAUCCAAACCUGACAGCGAGGUCUCCGAACAACAAGACUUUAUCUCGCUGGAAACCAAUAACAAUAAUAGCAGCAGUAGGGCGGGCAGGGGUGUCGGCGGAGGGGGGCAAGUGGGUGGCAGUGGGGUCGCAGGAGUGGGAACGGAGUUGCCAAGCAAAAGGAAGAGAGACAACAAGGCGAGCACCUUUGGCUUUAACAGGAGUCUGCUGCUGACUGAUGGGGUGGAGGACGUCUACACGGGCACACCGUGGAAGAGCAGAAACUAUCCGGACGGCGUCGUGGGGCUGCAUGAGGAGAUAAAGGACUUUUAUGACUACAUUUCUCCUCGUCCAGAGGAGGAGCACAUGAGGGAGGAGGUGGUGACCAGGAUCCAGAGAGUCAUCAAAGACUUGUGGCCCAAUGCCGAGGUUCAAGUGUUUGGCAGCUUCAGCACAGGAUUGUAUUUACCUACAAGUGAUAUAGACUUGGUGGUUUUUGGUAACUGGGAGACUUUACCUCUUUGGACUCUGGAAGAGGCGCUACGCAAAAGACAAGUGGCAGAUGAAAACUCGGUCAAAGUUUUGGAUAAAGCAACGGUCCCCAUCAUUAAACUGACAGACGCACACACAGAGGUAAAAGUGGACAUCAGCUUUAAUGUACAGAGUGGUGUAAAAGCUGCAAACCUCAUUAAGGACUUCAAACAGCAAUAUCCUGUGUUACCAUACCUGGUGCUGGUUUUGAAGCAGUUUUUACUGCAAAGGGAGCUGAAUGAAGUCUUCACGGGCGGAAUCGGAUCAUACAGUCUGUUCCUCAUGGCUGUCAGCUUCUUACAGCUGCACUAUAGAGAGGACGUGUGUAGUUCAAACUCAAACCUGGGUGUACUGCUGAUUGAGUUUUUUGAGCUGUACGGACGGAAUUUUAACUACCUGAAGACAGGGAUCAGGAUCAAAGAUGGUGGCUCAUACGUGGCCAAAGAUGAAGUGCAGAAAGGCAUGCUGGAUGGGUAUAGACCCUCUAUGCUUUACAUUGAAGAUCCAUUGCAGCCAGGAAAUGAUGUCGGGCGGAGUUCAUAUGGGGCGAUGCAGGUGAAAGAGGCUUUUGAUUACGCUUAUGUUGUCUUAAGUCACGCUGUAUCCCCAAUCGCCAAGUACUACCCCAACAACAAGUCAGAGAGUAUUCUAGGUAGAAUAAUCCGUGUCACACAAGAAGUAGCAGAGUACCGUGACUGGAUCAGUGCACAGUGGGGUCAGAAGAGCAACAAUGAGUCAGUCCUCAACUGUAAUGCAAAUGAUGUCACACUGCUAGUUGAGCCUGAGGAACUUGAUGAGUGUAAUAAUAACCUUUCAGAGGAUGGUGUGGGGCUUCCUCCUGUGUCCCGAAGCAAAGUGUCAUCCAACUCAUCUUCUCCUUCUCCCUCUUCUCCUUCAUCACCAUCAUCGUCGUCAUCGCAAUCUUCAACUGCCUCUAGCUCAAGUGAUGCGGACUCUGAUGGGACGCCCUGUAAGACAGCGAAAGCUUUGGGUGGGCGGGGCUCUUACAGUGAGAAUACAGAAAGGAAUCUGUCAAAUCACAGAUCACAAAAUCAUUCAGCAACAAUGCCCACCCCCACUAAUAAGGGCAAUAAAAGCCGACAGCUUGCUAACAAAAGUGCUCAAGGGACACACAGCAACCCCAACAAGAUGCAGCAAAACAGCAAGUCUCAAAAACUCAUAAAGAAGAGGAAACCUCAGCGUGAGGUAGCGCACGAGGACCUGUGUAGAUAGGGGGAGCUGUUACUGCAGACUUACACCUGCUCUUAAUUUCUCUGACCACUGAAGGGUGCUGGUGGUAUCAUUUUUCUCUCAUGUCCCGCUGUUCAAGGGAUGCGUGUGACUUUGUAGCUGGAAAAGGAAAAGAACAAAGGAAAAAAAAAAGGAAUAAUUCAAGUGGGGCGUAGGCCAUGGGAUUGAAAUCAUGUGGGAGAGUUUAGGCCUGAACUCCACUGGCUUCUGCACAGCUUCUUCUCACUGCCCAUAGAGGAGCUGUACUGCUCUGCUGGAGAUGUGGAGGACCAGAGAAUGUAGGAGAGAGAAUUCAAUUUGAGCAAUACCUGAAGCCCUGGACUUUUGCCUCACUGAGGAAAACUGAAAUAAAAAAAGAAAGGAAGACGACUCAAAUUACAUAAAAAUGUUAUAUUGAAAGUGCAAAGAUUUUUAAAUGUCUAAAAAAAAAACAGGAAAAUGUAAUUAGUAUUGAGAAAUUAUGCAUGUUUUUUUCUUUUUUGAAGAGUGGUUCUUUUUUUGUCAUGUACACAGAUUAUACAAAUAUUUGUACAAGAAAACAGAAAACGAUACAAAAAAGGAAGAAAAAAGGAAAAAAAAAAAAAAACUAAAAAUACCCCCAAAAUAUUAUCAAACAUGAAAAUGGUUUCUUAAUACUUUUAUAGUAUUGUUCAGAUUUUGCCAUGCUAUAGAUGUACACACAUUAAUAGAAAAACGGCUCCUCACAGCUAUGUAUGGGUUUGGGUUCAAUUGCCAACACUUAUCAUCAGCCUCUUCUGCUGUUAAAUUGUUUCUGUAAUGUUGUGGUUGGGCAAUUAAGAGAGGUAGAGUGUUAGCAGUUGACUGUACAUCUGGAAAUACACACAAUUCUAUGCACAUGUGUGUGUGUGUGUGUGAGAACGGUUGUGCUAACAUGAGCUUUACUGUCUGUCAGCUAGAGGAGAAAAGUGUGCUGAUCUGGAAAUUUGACAAACACUACAGCUGUGGUUUUCAAUCUGCUUCUCUGAAUGAUCUGCCCAUCACAAAAUAAGUUGUAUUUGUUAAUGUAUUUAUUUUUAUCAAUGACAGUGGUUUUCUAUAUGCUGACCAUAGAGGCCAGAUAUGUUUUGUGUUCUGUCUUAGGGCUGAGUGGCAAAACAUGAUUGUUGCUUGUCAUGUAGUGUGCUAUAUAUAUAUAUUUUUAUUUUUUUUCUGAAUGUCAAGUACCCUUUUUCCGAUAACAACUGAGUGACCAAGUUUAUUUCUGAAAGUACAUUUUAACAGAGACAUUGAAAAAGUGGUUUAAUUUUUAUUUGUGGCUGGUCUACUUAAAGGGAGAUAAGGUGAAUUAUUUUGAUUUUUUUUUUUUUUUUUUUUAAUUAUUAUUAUUGUUUUUAUUUUUUUCAUUUUUUGCCAUUCCACUGGAACUUGAUGUAUUGCGAUGCCUGUUCUCUUAAAAUUAAUAAUAUUGCAGUUCUUCAGAUAAACAGUAGGGUGGUGUACCCUAAGGUUAUUUCAUACACUGUAAUUCCCCUGUGACUUGACUUUUUUUUUUUCUUUCUUUUUUUUUUAAGAACAAUUUUCCUAAUAGUUUUGAUAUGCUCACAGUUCUCUGGUGUAAGUUUAAGAGACGAUGGCUUUUGAUGAGGAAUAUUAGUUAUUCCACCUGUAUAGAGUGUAUGUGAUGCUAUUAUGCAGUAUCAAAGCCAGAAGUAUGUCUUAAAAUAAGAUGAAUGCCACUGAAAUACAGUAAGAGAGAUGUGAUGCAAUGCAGACAGAGCAAUUAGAGGAUCAUUAGUGCCACAGCUAGUGCUCCAGACAGGUUUACUUCACAUGUAUCUAUGAACAUCCAUGCAAUAAAAAUUACAGCACAACUAUCAAA